UGUCAAUAUCCCUGUCAUAACCUGCCAGUAAAUAAAUACCAGUUUUCCUCCAAAAAUAAUAUCCGAGCAAUAAAAAUGACGAGACACGCGAGAAAUUGCACAGCAGGUGCAGUGUACACGUACCACGAGAAGAAAAAAGAUGCAGCAGCAUCAGGGUACGGUACAAAUGCCCACAGAAUUGGAAAAGACUCGGUGAAGGGGUUCGAUUGUUGCUGUUUGACAUUACAGCCCUGCAGAAACCCAGUAAUCACACCUGAUGGCUAUUUAUUCGACAAAGAAGCUAUUUUGGAGUAUAUCCUUACCAAGAAGAGAGAAUAUACCAGGAAAUUGAAGGAAUAUGAAUUGCAAAAGCAGAAAGAAGAGGAAGAAUCCAACGAAAAAACAGCGACCGAAGAGCUCCAAAAGCUCCAGAAUUUUUUUAAAUUUGAGAAGAACAUCGUCCCGAGCAAAAACGACACAAAACCCAGUUCCUCCAUCUCCAACAUGGCUGAGGGACGCGAGAAGACUCUACCCAGCUUCUGGAUUCCAUCAAAAACUCCAGAAGCCAAAGCUGCCCCCUUGAAGAAGCCUGACAAAACCAUCUACUGCCCUGUCAGCGAUAAACCAUUGAAACUCAAAGACUUGAUAAACGUAAAAUUCACUGAAGUGAAAGAUCCUGACGAUAAAAAGUCACUGAUCGUCAAGGAGGCCAGGUACAUGUGCCCAAUCACACACGAUGUGCUCAGCAACAGUGUACCCUGUGCUGUUAUAAAAACCACAGGCGACAUCAUCACAAUGGAGUGCUUCGAAAAACUAAUAAAGAAAGACUGGAUUAAUCCAUUGGAUGGAAAAACUAUCAAAGAAAGUGACAUCAUUCCUCUCCAAAGAGGAGGAACUGGUUACUCAGCUGUCAAUGACAAUCUCGAGGGAAAACACGAGAGACCGGUAUUACAAGUAUAAAAUAAGUGCCUCGAAAAUAAUUCAAAUUCCAUGAAUGUAUGAGCCAAUUUUGAAUAAAGUAUACGAUAGCGAGUAGAAUAAAGCAGAGACCCUAAUUA